AUGAGACCUCUUUUCAAGUAAGGAAAAAAUGCUCUGCUCCAAGAAUCCAACAAAUUUCAGAAUUGCACUCACCUUAUUUAUCGGCGCUUCAAUUGUUGUUUGCUACAAAAUAUACGAGAGAAAAAAAUCGCGAAAACCAUCGAGGAAAAUUCAUCGAACACCAAUCAAGAGGCGAAUUUCGGAUGUUAAGACGUUGGAUGAAACGCAAAAAGACGAAAAAGUCAAGAAAGAGGAUGCUAAAAUGAGAAAAAAGAGUGUUCGCGAAACAAGUUCGGAUAUUUUGCAUCCAGCACCUUUUGAUGUAGGUUUAGCUUAGUUCAACUAUACUCUAGUUUGUUGAAAAAAAUCCGAAAAAACACAAAUUCAAACCGCGCGGGCGUGCAACGUCAACGCGGAGUCUCGUUGUUUUCUUUUUAUUUUUUCGGGGAAAAAACAGAUUGCUGUGUAAACACCGCGACGCACGAAUGCACAAUUCAAUUUCCCGAAUUUUGCAGAAUGUACUGGGAAAAAUUCCAUCGGACAAAAAAACCAACAAACUUUGCGGAACUCUAUCAGACAGUGAAAUGCGAGAAAUCGAUCAGAAAAACAUCACAUUCGACAAUUGUGAAUAUAUCGCUGCCAAAGGAUCUUCACGAGCUCCUGAAUCUCUUUCAACUUUGAGUUCAGCUUCAACUGACGGACCGAAAAUUGUUGAGACUUUUCGAAUUGUUGAAGCGGAUUCUUCGGAUUUUGAAAGAAGUUCGAGAUCGACAACAAAAAGUAUUGAAAAAUCGAAGGAAAAUGGUAGGAUUAUUAUCGAAAAUCUCACGCGCUCCACCGAAAUAAACACGCAACGCAGACCGCGCCGCGUCACAACACACACAAAAAGGGAGGGAAUUUGAAUCGUUCCCUUGUGUUGUGGCGCGACGCGGUCUGCGUUGCGUGUUUAUUUCGGUGGAGCGCGUGAUACCGAUGAGAUUUUUUAAAAAUGAUUUAAAAUAAAUAUUUUUCAGAUCCAGAUCCUCCAAAAUCAGAAGAACCUGGAACAAAACAAAAUGGUAAGAUUUUGAAAAACCCGUGAAGAAUUAUCGAAUGUCAGUAAAUAAACUUUUUCUAUAAAAUUUUGAAUUUUGAUAGAUUUUAUCAGAAUUUUUGUCUAACUUGACACUUUACUGUUUUUCGGGCAAAAAUCGUAGAUUUCUGCCACGUCAUAGCUUAUUAUCGAAAAUCCCCAUCGGGACCACGCGCUCCACCGAAAUAAACACGCAACGCAGACCGCGCCGCGCCACAACACACACAAAUAAGGGAACGAUUCAAAUUCCCUUCCUUUUUGUGUGUGUUGUGGCGCGGCGCGGUCUGCGUUGCGUGUUUAUUUCGGUGGAGCGCGUAGGAUGUGAGAAAAGCUAUGACGUGGCAAAGGCCUGCAAUUUUGCCCAAAAAAACAGUAUUCGAAUAAUUUGUGACAAAAAAUCUGGAAAUUAUGUUUUCAACGCUGAAAUUUGUUCAAUUUCCAGCUCCACCAAAACUCGAAGAAAUCAAAUCUGACCCUCUAGUUACACCAACUCGACCGGAAGAUGCUCAAAUUGUGGCUCCGCCAGCUCCAAGUCCACCAAAUUCAUUGCUGACUUCUCCAACUCCGCCUCAAAAUCAACCAUCACCCUCUCAACAUGCUUUAACUGAACCAUCAUCAUCUGGAAUCGCAUCUCCAAAUGUUCCACGAGAAAAACUUGAGAUAUCCAAUGAUCCAUUGGCAAGUCCAAAGAAGAGUUCUCAAAAAUCAUCAAAAUCGAGGUGAGUUUGAUGUUUAUCAUUGAAAAUUAAACUUCUACAUACAGAUCUUCGCAAAAAACCAAAUUCAAACUUUGCCGAUGUCGAUAUAACAAUCGAAAUGGAUUUGUUGACGAUAAAAAUACGCUAACAUUCAAUGAAAACGUGACACCGCAAAUUGCACCAACUACAGUUUUACCAGUGGUUUUUUCGCGAUACAAAUCUGAGAAUUUAUUGGAACUUUAUGGAGAUAUUGUUGAAUUACCAGAUGAAUGUUAUAAAGUUGAGCCGGAGUUGAUUGAUGUAAGUGUUUCAGCGAAGAAAACAACGACACUCCGCAGGUUCAAACAGCCCGUGCAAGCGGAGUGUCGUUGUUUCACUUUUUUUUCGAAAAAGUCGAUAUUUUCAGAAUUGUCUUACACCAUUCCACCCAAUACUAAAUUCAACACAUGCUUCUUAUUAUCAUUCUUGUCUUAUCACAAAUUUGAUCGAUAAUUUCGAUUUCUUCGAAUAA